CUAGCACAGCAGUACUAUAAAUAAUCUGCACUGCACUGCAAUGCAGACACAUUAUCUAAAAUGGAUGCCACAGCAGUAGUUACUAAGCCUCACGCUGUCUGCAUUCCAAUUCCGGUUCAAAGCCAUAUCAAGGCAAUGCUAAAAUUCGCAAAACUCCUGCACAGUAGAGGUUUUCAUAUUACCUUUGUCAACACGGAGUUCAAUCACAAGCGGUUUCUUAAAUCUCUAGGACCUGACUCCCUAGAUGGCUUGCCUGAUUUCCGGUUCGAAGCCAUCCCAGAUGGCCUUCCAGAUUCAGAUGAAGAUGCCACCCAAGAUCUCAUUUUGCUUGCUGACUCUAUUAGAAAGCAGUAUUUCUUGGCCCCCUUUCGUGGCCUCCUCAAUAAACUCAACAAUGAUGCCAUAUCAACAUCCAACAAUCCACCAGUGACUUGCAUAGUUUCAGAUGGUUUCUUGUCCCCAUUCACAAUCACAGCUGCACAAGAGGUUGGAAUCCCUUCAGUGCUGCUCUACACUUUUGCAGCGUGCGCUUUCAUGGGCUUUAUGCAAUUUCGCACUUUGGUUCAAAAAGGACUUGCACCACUCAAAGAUGAGAGCUGUUUGACAAAUGGAUAUCUGGAAACAGUUAUAGACUGGAUUCCAGGAAUGAAAGAUAUCCGUCUAAAGGAUCUCCCGACCUUUUUUCGAACCACAAAUCCCGAUGACAUCGCAUUUAACUUCAAGAUGGAAGGAACGGAUCGAGCUCAUGAAGCUUCAGCAAUUGUUAUUCAUACUUUUGAUGCCUUGGAGACAGAUGUGUUGGAUGCGCUCUCAUCUAUGCUUCCACUUGUUUAUCCCAUUGGCCCUCUUCAAUUGCAUCUCAACCAGAUAACAGAACACCCAUUGAAUAUUGGAUACAGUCUGUGGAAAGAAGAAACUGAAUGCCUUGAGUGGCUAAAUGCUAAGGCGCCAGAUUCUGUCAUGUAUGUAAAUUUUGGCAGUGUAGCAGUCAUGAAGCCUGAAGAUCUUGUCGAGUUUGGUUGGGGACUUGCAAAUAGUAAAUUGCCCUUUUUUUGGGUAAUUAGGCCUGAUCUUGUAGUUGGUGAAUCCGCAAUUUUGCAGCCUGAGUUUGUUGCCGAAACAAAAGAAAGAAGUCUAAUAGCAAGUUGGUGCCCACAAGAGCAAGUCCUGAACCACCCAUCAGUAGGAGGAUUUUUAACUCACAGCGGUUGGAAUUCAACAAUUGAGAGCCUGACUGCAGGAGUGCCUAUGCUCUGUUGGCCAUACUUUUCCGACCAGCAAAUGAACUGCCACUAUACUUGCAAUGAAUGGGGCAUUGGGAUGGAGAUUAGUAAUGAUGUGAAGAGGGAUGAAGUAGAGAAGCUUGUCAAGGAGUUAAUGGAGGGAGAGAAGGGUAAGAAGUUGAAAAAUAAGGUCAUGGACUGGAAGAAACUUGCAAAAGAAGCUACCGGGCCAAAUGGUUCUUCAUACAAAAUUUAGACAAUUUAGUGAAUCAAGUACUACUAAGAAAAACCUAGAUGCUAGACUAUGUAAUUUAGAACUCUUUCUUCCAUUAGUGUUGAAUAUCGUUCCUAAUUAAAAAUAAAUAAAUGUCGGUAUGUGGUUUAGUACUAUCUCAAAAUUACCCAUAUUAUUAUUGUUCUAAGGACUAGUUUGGUAUUACUGUAAUUAAAAAAAAAAAAUGUUUCUGU